CCGGUGUCUGCGAAUCUACGGAGCCGUAAUUCACAGAAAUAUAUAUAAUUCGCCGUCUCCUGCUUUUUUUCUAUUCAAAUCAUCAGCAAUUGUUUUGAAUAUAUCAGCAAUAUGACUCUCGCCCAUAGAAUUGGAACCAAUUCUCUACGCGCUCUACAAACCCACGCUACUCGCCAGAUACCCGUUCUCGCAGCCGCCUCACCGUCACUCUCCGGAACCAUGGCAUCAGCCUCAUCUCCUCCAAGAAUUGCCAUCGUCGGCGGUGGACCAGCUGGUCUGACCAUGGGCGCUCUAUUACACAAGCAGCGGAUUCCAUUUACCAUUUUCGAGUUCCGCCCCAAGCCUACAGAAGCCGACCUGGCUAUUCCUUCCGGUAUGCUGGAUCUACACGCGGGCUCGGGGCUUGAUGCCAUCCAUGAAUCUGGUGUCUAUGACGAAUUUAUUAAGAUGACAGGCGAAUGCAGCCAGGAGUACAAGGUCGCGGACAAGUCAGGAGAACCCGUCUUUGUGCACGUUGGUGAUGGCGGACGACCUGAAAUCAGCCGCAACAACCUCUACAAGCUCCUCCUCACCAAAGUCCCAGAAGAGAAUAUUCGCUGGGACCACAAGCUAGUCUCUUCGUCACAUGCAGCGCCGAAUUCCUCAGCAGCUGCGGAACUGGACUUUGGCAACGGCCGUAAACACGAAUUCGAUCUUGUCGUCGGCGCGGACGGAGCGUGGUCCCGCGUCCGCCACUUGCUCACUGAUGUCCGUCCUCACUACACGGGCACGCAAGUUGUCACCACCACAAUCCGAAACAUCACGGGAAAAUACCCACACCUAGCUGAACUCGUUGGAUCCGGAUCCUACACGGCCCUCGGUAACAGACAGGCUGUCAUCUCACAGCGCGGCCCGAUGGACUCGGCGAGACUCUAUUUGUGGCUCAAGAGCCAGGACGAGAACUACGGCGUUACAUCCGGGUUGACAUCAUCACCCGCAUCAGCAGCGAAACAAACUUUAUUGGAGAGCUCUGAAUUUCUCGGUGGCUUUGGCCCCAAAGUUAAAGAAUUGGUUGCUACAGCGUGUGAUGAGGAGGCACUGGACAAUCCUAACGCCGGACUCGACAUUCGCCCACUUUACACGCUCCCGCAUGGCAGCAGUUGGGAGCACCGAGCAGGCAUUACACUUGUUGGUGAUGCAGCGCAUCUCAUGCUUCCUAAUGGCGAGGGCGUCAAUCAGGCGAUGCUGGAUACAAUGCUACUGGCUCGCUUGAUCACGCAGGCGUACGGGGCAAGCAAGGACGCACAGGGAUUCCGCGAUCAGAUGGAAACGGGGGUCCGGGAGUUUGAAGCGGAAAUGUUUAAGCGAGCGGUUGAGACGGGAAAGGAAACAGACCAUUUGUUAGGUGUAAUGUAUGGAUCAGAUAAUGCGGCCCAAGAAAUGCUGGCAUUCUUCCAGCAGGGCGGUGCUAGGGACGGCGAGGAAAAGUAACGCAGGGAGCCAAGCACCAGGCUGACGCUUGACAUGCUGUAAAAUUAUUGUACAUUAUUGAUGUUCCGGCGAUCAAAUCUUAGCAUAGUUAGUUCCAAUCUAUUUUCGUCCUAUGUAUUUCUUUUCGUCCUUAGUACGCAUCUAGUGUCGUUCGAGUACUCGCAGGUGGCCAAGAACUAUGAUGACGAUCACCACGCUAAUAUCGCAAACCUUGGGACGCAGCCUUUUCCCACCCUCAAGGCCCCCACGGCGCUAGGAUCUUACACCAUGGCUUGGUCCAGCCUUUCAAAGGAAUCGAUUUUUGUCGGUUUGUAAUACCGCUAGUUACUCUGAAACGCGGAGUAAACCUUGUUCCCCAGCCAUACGAAAGACAAAUACGGCCGGGCUGGACCCUGUCCAGAACCGCACUUUUGUCUUUGGCCUAAUACGGUUUAGGAAGGCUAGCGAGCAGGAUACUGCUGAAUGAGCGAGUCGUUGCGGG